AUGUCGCGAACCGACUCUCGCGAGAACGAGCAUCGCCGCUCGGUCGAGACGCUGCAAAUGCUAGAUGAAAAUGCCACGAGCGGAACGAGUCUGCCGCCGACGGACCAUGGCCGCGAUGCGUACCUCGCGCUCCUCUGCUGCACGGUCGCCCAGGCGCCAAUCUGGGGCUAUUCCGUGGCGUUUGGCAUCUUCCAAGAGUACUACACCAGCGACAAGAGCCACAUCAAAGCGCCGCCCGGCGCAUUCGCCACCAUCGGCGCCCUGCAGAUGGGCGUCAUGUACCUCAUGAUGCCGAUUGCCUUCAUGACGCUGAGCUGGUUCCCGCGGCUCCGUCCCUGGUGCGGCCCGCUGGGGCUGGCCAUUACCGUCGCGAGCAUCUGCGCGUCGGCGUACGUGACCACCGUCGGCGGCCUCAUCGCCACGCAGGGCGCGCUGUACUCGAUCGGCUGCGGGCUGCUCUUCAGCCCCAUCUCCAAGUACAUGGACGAGUGGUUCUCGGCCAGAAAGGGCCUCGCGUACGGCAUCAUGUGGGCGGGCAAGUCGGUCGUCGGCAUGGUGAUGCCGUUUGUCUUUAGCGGCCUGCUCGGCCGCUUCGGCCUCCGCGCCACGCUGCUGUCGUGGGCGGUCGCGUCGGCCGUCAUGACGCUGCCAACGCUCUUCUUCCUCCGGCCGCGCGUGCCGCUGCACCUGCAGGCGCAGAACCGCCGCGUGUCGCUCGCGUUCCUCGGCCAGACGUCCUUCUGGAUGAUGCAGGUCGGCAUCAUUAUCCAGGCGCUCGGCUACGUCAUGCCCAGCACGUACAUGGCCAGCUACGCGACCGACGUCGGCUACUCGUCCAUCACCAAGCCGGUUCUCAUUUCCAUGUUCUCGCUGUCCAGCACGUUCGGUGCGCUUUUUCUUGGCAUGAUGAGCGACCGCCUGAAUGCGACCAAGGUGAUUCUCAUCUCUGCCAUUGGAAGCGCGGCGCCCGUCUUUCUGCUCUGGGGCCUCAGCCGGCACCUCGCCAACGUCAUCAUGUUUGCGCUCGUGUAUGGGUUCUUCGCCGGCGGCUUCAGCUCGACGUGGACGAGCAUGACGCGCGAGAUUCAGCGUGACGAUGUGGGAGCCGACCCGUCGCUGCUAUUUGGGCUGCUCAUGGGCGGACGUGGUGUCGGUUUUGUUGCUGGCGGGCCGCUGAGUGGUGCUCUCAUUGCUGUGCCGGGACUUUUGACGGAUGAGGCUCUUGGAUAUGCCACAAAGUAUGGUCCGAUGAUUUUAUGCACUGGGUUUACGGCGAUAUUGUCGGCCUGGGCGCCGUUCUGGAAGAUAUCCAAGACGCUCAAGUCGAGCGUGAGCAGCCCUUCUAGAGUAAGAACAACUUGA